AUGACGGCCGCGGUGCUGACGCCAGAGGAGCGUCCGUCCCUCUGCGAGGUAUGGCGGCGCGCCGCGGCCCAGUUCGCCUCCGAUACGAACCUGGCCGGCGUGAACAACGCCAGCCGCGCGCGCCACCCGCUGCGCCGGCUGGUCUGGUGCUCCCUCUGGCUGACCGGCCUGGUCGUGUCGCUGAACGAUGUCAGCCUGCUGGUCAGUGACUUCCUGACCUACCCGGUGUCCACCUCCUACUCGAUCGCCUACGACAGCGCCGUCACCUUUCCGGCCGUCACCGUCUGCAAUCAGAACAGCGUCAUGUGCACCGACCUGAUGCAGCAGCUGUUCGCAGAGCCCGACGACUCCCUGAUCCUGGAUCUCGUCCAGAGAUCGGCGUGCCUCUCACUCAUUCCGGGCCUGUGCAUGCCUAUGAAGCUGAUGUUCUUCGAGUUUUUCGGCGUGCUCUCGACGCCCGAGUACGGCAACUGUUUCACCUUUAACUCCAACAUCAGCUCUGCGGCGGACCGCGAGGCCGGUCAGCGGGUCGCCAGUAUGGUAGGACCCAACACCGGUCUCAGUCUGGUGCUGUUCGUCGACACCAACAACUACAUGCCGUCGACGGUGUCACAGACGCGAGGUGCGCGCGUGGCCAUCCACCCCAGCGACGUGACGCCGCUGAUGGCCGAGACCGGCAUGGAGGUCAGCCCGACCAGCCUCACUUCCAUCUCCAUCACUGAGACCCGUAUCGUCCGCAUGCCGUAUCCGUACACGUCUCACUGUAUCUCGACGUGGGCUGACUCUGGUCUGGAGCCGUACGGAGUCGAUCCGACCACCGGAGUCGUCGGUCCCAGCCAGGCGCGCUACACGCUCGCGGAGUGUAACAGGAUGUGCCUGCAGCACCACCUGGUGAAGAACUGCGGCUGCCACGACCCGCUGUACCCGCUGGAGUUCACUGUGGACGGCGAGCUGCAGGACGUGGGACCCGCCUGCGACCUCUCCUUCGGCAGUGAGUGA